AUGGUACCCAAGAAAUCGACUGAUGAUUGGAGACCAUGCGGCGACUAUCGUGCUCUCAACAGAGCCACUGUUCCCGACCGAUACCCUAUUCCUCAUAUGCAUGAUUUUCCUCACACGCUAGCUGGAAAAACAUUUUUUUCCAAAAUAGACCUUGUGAGAGCAUACCAUCAGAUUCCUGUCGAGGAAGAAGACAUCCCCAAGACCGUCGUCACAACGCCUUUCGGCCUGUUCGAAUUUCCUCGCAUGUAUUUUGGUUUGCGCAACGCGGCCCAAUCCUUCCAACGCUUCGUCGAUGAGGUCUUGCGGGGUGUCUCAUUCACUUAUGUCUAUAUUGACGACAUAUUCGUCGCAAGUUCUUCGGCAGAGGAACAUGCCUCGCACUUACGUCAGAUAUUUCAACGUUUCCAGCAACAUGGUCUGCAAUUAAACAUUGGCAAAUGUAUCUUUGACGUCUCUUCUCUAAAUUUCCUUGGCCACCACGUCGAUCAGCAUGGAAUCACACAGCUGCUAGAGAAGGUGCAGAGCAUCCUGUCGUUCCCUGUCCCCAAGACUCUAACUCAAUUGAGACGUUUCAUAGGCCUUCUCAACUAUUAUCGACGUUUUAUUCCUCACUGUGCAGCGACCCUAGCUCCCUUAAAUGACCUUCUGAAGUCUAAAGCAGGGCCGAUCGAACUUUCUCCAGCAGCUCACUCAGCCUUUGAGGCAGCUAAGAAAGCUCUUGCUGAUGCCACUUUGCUUCGCCAUCUAAGUUCCGACCCUCACGCACAGCUGAUCUUGACCACUGACGCUUCCAACAGUGCUGUCGGCACAGUCCUGCAUCAACAGGUGAAUAACAAGUUGCAGCCAUUCCCUGUCACAUCCUGGCAUCCGCGCUUCUCGUAAGCUAAUCGCCGCUCGUUUUAUCUGGCCGAAGAUGAACUCUGGCAUCGGUCUUUGGACUAGGCAGUGUUUAGCCUGCCAGAAAAAUAAAGUACACCGCCACACAUUUUCUCCACCAAGUACAUUCGCCGUCCCAGAUGUUCGAUUCCACCACGUCCACUUGGAUUUAGUUGGUCCGCUACCCCCUUCACGCGGCUACACGCAUAUACUGACAGCGGUUGACCGUUUCACACGAUCGCCGAUUGCCGUUGCCAUCUCGGAUAUCUCGGCAGAAAAUAUCGCCAUGGUUUUUCUGACUCACUGGAUUUCAACUUUUGGUGUGCCAGCCACACUUACUACUGACCGCGGGAGUCAAUUUCAAUCUAGCCUCUUCCGUGAGUUCAUUAGACUGUUCGGGUGUGCGCGCAUCACAACCACGGUAUACCACCUUCCCUCCAACGGCCUCGUGAAGCGUCUACACCGUCAACUCAGGUCGGCACUGAUGUCCCAAACACAAUCAGCUACUUGGAGUGUCUAUCUCCCUCUUGCGCUUUUGGGCAUCCGAUCUUCUGUCAAGGAGGACAUCCAAUGCACUGCCGCCGAACUUGUGUACGGUACACCCCUCCGUCUGCCCGGCGAAUUUGUGCAGUCUUCCACGACUACCACCAACAACCCGAGCACCUUCGUACAGCGGUUGAAACAACGCAUGGCUCACCUACAUCCAACCCCCACUCCUCUGACGUCCAAACGUGUGUUUGUGCAUGAGAACCUUAAAUCUGCUCCAGUUGUUUUCGUCCGGCAGGACGCGGUUCGCAAGUCUCUUUGUUUCCCGUAUGAUGGCCCAUAUAAGGUUCUCCAGAGGAUGGACAAGUAUUACGUCAUCCAGAAGGCCGACAAAACUGACACAGUCUCUAUUGACAUAAUUAAUCCAGCCUAUCUUGAGUGCAUCCCGCUGUCAAUUGUGCCACCGACUUCCUCUGCACCGUCCUCACCCGAUCCACCCGUUUCGGUCCCCUCCACUCAACCACCACACUCGACCACCCUACCCACACAUCCUGAUUCCCCUAUCAUUGCGCCACGCGUCUCAUCUCGUUCUGGUAGACAUAUCCAUUUUCCUGUCCAACUCAAAGACAUUUUGGCGUGGCAUUUUGGCAUUUUUUUAUCGAUCGUUCUUUUGUACAACAAACGCUCUAAUGGGGGAUUUUAUAUAAAUUAUAAAAUUAUAUAAAUUUUAUUUAAUGCCACUUUACAGGCAUUGUCAUGGGAAGCGAUUAAACACAAAUCCGACCAACAGUGAAAAAAACUCCUGAGCUAAAGGGAUAAAAAUAUAGUUGAUGGUGGUUGUUAUGGUUUGGAGGGCUCAGGAGAAAAAAACUGCCGGCGGUGGUAGAAUAUCGACCGUCAAGAAGGGGGGAGGUUGCACGGUAUCGGAGAUUAUCGGACGUCAAAUUCCUUUCAUGAAGAUGGGGAUAGUCAAAGUAGAGGCGUUGAGGAACAGCUGGUGAGACCGGCCAUAGUGUUCAGAGACCACAAACGCCAUCGCUACGGUAAAGUCGAUCAGAGUUUUCAGCAUCCAAAAUUUGUGGGAGCCUUUCUGAAUACAAAAAUCGAGUAAUAUUUCUCUUAAAUAAAGGAUAAUUUUGCAGAGUUUUCACACUCAUGGGUAGUUUAUUCCAAAUAGCAAUUGCAUUUACAGAAAAGAACCGACGAUAUUUAACAGUACGUGCCAGAGGAAGAAAUAAAAAGACCUCACGGUGACUGUUACGUCGUGGGUGGAUAUGAUGUUUUAAAGAUGUGAGUGGGUUAAAUGUGUGAUUAUAUAAGAGUUUAAAUAGGAAAAAUAGUCCCUUUUGUAAUCUACGGAACCAUAAAGGAUCGAGGCCUGUAAGCCGACAACGUUCUUGGUAAGACAAAUGUCGGUGUUCCGGGGUUGAAAUUCUCUUGGUUAAAAAGCGUUGAACGGAUUCUAUUUUCUUUCGCUCAGAAGCACGUAUGAGGCUAAAUGAAAACGAACAGUAUUCCAGACCGGGUCUAACGUACAUGUUGAAAAGGCGCAUUCUAAUGUCCCUAGUAUUAAAAUUUCGGAGGAUAAACCCGGUCGUUCUACGUGCUUUGGAGACUAUCAAGGCACAGUGCUCCGAGAGAUUGAGACUCUUGGAGUAUGAUACGCCCAAAUCCUUAAUACCCCCUGGCACAUUUAUGACGUGACCUUUAAUACUUAUUUGAGGUUGGCGGUUGUCGCCAACCACCAUGACUGAGCACUUAUGCCAAGAAAGAGAAAGGCGCCAUGUGCGGCACCACUGGGCGAAAGCCUGUAGAUCGCUCUUUAGGAGCUCAAGCACGAUGUCAUGAUCUGCCGGCUUAUAUCAAUAUGCAACUUUAAGAUCAUCGGCAUACAUGAAAGGCCUACCAUUCUUAAAUAAAUCGGGUACAUCAUUAACGAAAAGGCAAAAUAAAAGCGGGCCGAGUACACUUCCCUGAAUGACUCCACUCCUCACACGUGUGGGGUUGGAGAUGGUAUUGGAAAUCUUAACUCGUUGUGUGCGAGUGCCCAAAUAAGAGGAUAUAAAAUUCAAAAGUUUGUCACCUAUUCCGAAAGAGGACAGUUUCAAGAGAAGAAGAGCAUAGUCAACACGGUCAAAAGCCUUAGUGAAAUCGAAAUAUACUGUGUAAAGAGCAAAACCAUGGUCCCUAGAUCGGAAAACAUAGUCAAAGAAAGAGAGUUGACAGGUGUCACAAGAUCGAGCUUUGAGGAAUCCAUGCUGAGCAGCACUCAGUAAGUUAUUCACUGUUAAGUGACACAUCAUCUUAUCCUUGAUCAAUGUCUCUAAGAUCUUCGAAACUGCGGGGAGGGUGUUUAUUGGCCGAAAGUCAUCAAAUGAUGUAGAUUUGGCGUGCUUAGGAAUGGGCAAAAUGUGUGAUUCCUUCCACAAGGUAGGAUAAGUUUCACUUUCAAGGGCGAGAUUAAAUAUCUUGCAUAAGAGGGAUGGGAAGAUCGUGUUUGCAUCGGCUUUUAAAAUGCUUACUGGGACACCAUCAGUUCCUGGACUAUAAGAUUGACGAAAACGCCGAAUCGCAACAGUCACAUCCCACAGAGUGAAAGUUCUAGUUUCUAGAACUGCCCCGGUCAAUGACUGGAUGGUCGGAAUCGGAAUGGUCGAGUCUUCAAUAAACGUUUUGGAGAGAAAAUCAUUGAAGCUAUCCGCGGUUUACUGGGCAUCAACUAUGGGAUUUCCGAGAUCGUCUCGAAGGAUGGGAUACUGCGUCUUCCUCUGAGUUCGUAUUUUUCUAGAGAAAAGUUUCGAGACAUUUAACGAAUGGUCUUCGGUAAACUGGACCUCUUCGGCUAGCUGUUUUUCUUCAGACAAUCUCUUAGCUCGAUCAAAAAUAUCACAAAUCAAGGGCAGAACAGAAACAUCAUUCUGCAGAUGGAAACGACGAUAAAGCCUGCGCAAUCUGCGACGAAAGGGUAAGGGUAGGAAAACCUCAUCCCCAACAUUAAUAAUUUUCUUACGGGGGACAAAACGAGAAAUAUGCGGAUCCAAAAUUUCGUACAGUUUUGCAGUACAAACAUUUACAUCCGAACUAAGGAAGAACUCAGUCCAGUCGUAGGAAUUAAGGUGUGUUAAUAAUUUGGUUGAGCGAGUUGAUCGGAAAUCGCGGAAAAAGUUAUACUUUUGGGACGACAUUUCGUCAGCCUCGAAUUCCAACGUUGAAACAACUAUGUCAUGGUCUGAGUCCCCGAGUGGGCCUAGAGAUGACACUGACGAUGGCAAGCAGCCUCUACAGAAAAUUAGGUCAAGUAUACUUGAACCUCGGGUGGCAAAAUCGACAACCUGAUUGCACAUCUCAACAUCCACAGCCUCAAGAAAGUCAUCGAAACUUCUGGGGCCUGAAGGCGGAGACCAGCGGACUUCAGGGAGAUUAAAGUCACCCGCAACCAGUUGAUACUUAAAGCUUGAGUCGGCCGCAGCAUGAAAUGCCUGUGAGAGUAAACGAUCAAAAUUGUCAUUGGCGUUGGGGGGGGGGGGGCGAUAGACGCAGCCAAUGAGUAAGGAGAACUUAUUUUUUAGUGCAACCUGGAGCCAGCAGCUGCCUUCUACUGCGGAAAAGUGCGGGAGGUCCAACGGCAAAAAUGUAAGAGUUUGCUUAACGUAGACGCAUAUGCCCCCACCACGGCUAUCUUGGCGAUCAUUUCGAAUGCAAUUGUAGCCUAGAAUAGAGAGUUCGGAGUCAGCUACUGAGGCUGAUGCCCACGUCUCAGUUACUAAAACAAUAUCAGGACAAUGGACGAACGCCUGAGUCUGAAGCAAAGGCAUCUUAUUAAGCAAGGAUCUGGCAUUUAAAACAAAAAGUUUGAAGGGAAAGGCUGUUAGUUUUUGAGGGAGGUGGGCUACAUCGUCCAGUUCUGGGUCGCCCACGGAGCAAACGGUCCGGAUGCAACCAUCCGGUUCUGCAAAAAAUUUUAUGGCAUCAAAAAAUUCUGACGUGGAUAAAAAGGGGUAGGUUUUGGGGAAGGGAAUGACGGGCAGGUAAACUGAUAACUAUUGUUAGUUAACUUAUUUUCAGCUGGAAAUCCGCGGGGCAGAUACUGCAACGUAUUCCCGCCGGAACGAAACUAAGGAUCGGAUGAGUUAACUGAUCCAGUAUGGACAUUAUCAUGAGGAAUAAAUUGGUAAAACGGCCGUGGAGGAAACAAGUUAGGGGGUGGGGGACGCAUUGUUUCCAUUGGAGCAAGAGUUUUAUUAAACGGCGGAAAAAUCGGCAUUUUCGGCCUAAAUACAUCAAUAUGAGGGCUGGGGGGCAGUUGCGAACCCGCUACGUUUUGAGUCGGGGUAUUUGAGGCACUGUUAGCCGAUUGUGGAGGAAAAGAUUUUAUAAUGGUGCUGGGUUUAUUGGGUGUCCGAGUGGCUGAGACAACAAUUGGAUUUGCCUUUGACUUAGACACAUGCUUAGGCUUACUAGGGGUUGCUGGAGGAGUCGAUAGUGGUUUGUAUAUACCAGGCGUGAUGGUGUGUUUAAAGAGCUCAGCACUAAAAGUAGUCGAAUUCCCUAUGGAGCGAAGUCGCUUUGCUUGUGCGGCACUGAAACUCAAGCCACAACUUUGAAGGAACAAAUGCGCUCCCUCCAUAGCAGAUAAGUGGCUCGGAAUGUUUCGCAGUACGAAAUUAUGCUUGCGUUUAAUUCGUUCCUCAGUUUCCGAACUUACUACCCCAAUAAGUUUAAAAGUUUGCACAAGCACUUUUUCAGAAGUGCUGUUUAUGUCUCCAUAAAUCAGCUGAUCGAUUAUUUCGCCGGCUGAUGGCCUGCUACGACUAGCAGAGGCGUAUUUUUGGACGACUGAAGGGUCGAGAGGUUCUACAUGUACUAAAGGGAUUUGUGAGUUAAUCAGAUCUGCAGACGGCGAAGAACAUACGGUGGCGCCUGCUAUGUCUUCAGUCACGAUUUUAGCACCCAGAGACGGUGGGGAGGCCGCAAGCUUUCGCCUUUUAGCACGGGCUCUGCGGGGCAUUACAGACAAAAAAAAGUUUUUCGUUACAGAAGAAGGAUCAAAACGUUGCCAACGUACGGAAAAGCGCACUGAAUAGCAAGUAUUACUGUAUUUUAACUACAAAAACUAGAAAGCGGUAGUAGGAAAAGGAUUCACUACAAUGGAUUUUUUACAAAAUACGACUAUUUUGCCAGACUGUCAAACAAAACCGGGAAAAAAUUUUACCUUAUAUUGAAAGGCGACUUUUAAAAGGGACUCAAGUAAAAAAACAGGCAAUAUUUACUUAAGAAUAUCCAGAUAAAUGCAGAGCUUCACUUAUCUUUGAAAUUGAGCUGCGCGCCUUCUGUAGGUUUACGCACAUUUUCGAUUUUUCACUCUAAACUUUCAUGUACACCUGAACGUUUCUAUACGGUUGUUUGAAUUGGCUAAAAUGCAUACACUUGGUUUCGGCUUGAGAUAAAGCGUGACUUUUGUGUCCGUCUGUUGUUUGAUGUCAUUGUCUCUUUGAUUGCAUUCUUUCGCCUCAAUCGCUUUUAGUCAAUCGACACGAAACGUUUAUAUCUCUUGGCGAUAUUUAACUGGACGUAAAUUCACCUGAGCGACAAGCCUCAUUAACUAACUUCGUCUCGGGAUUUUACCCAGAACCCUCACCCUACGGCCAACCAUUCUGGAGAAGGCUUUAUUUUUCGUGAGUCUGUACGAUUAUUUACCUUUUAUCGUUUUUCUUAUACUCCUUUUGAUAUCGUUGUUUUUCUUGUAAGAAACGCAGCAUCCCUCACUUAGAGUUGAGUAUUUAUUAUUCUUUGUAGUUUACUUGCUGUUUACCCUACACGAGAAAUCAGAGCCGCAUAAUUCCCUGGGAAUUAUAUGCAGAAUCCAGAAAUAUCACGAAAUGCAAACUAAAUAAUUAAGUACACGACAAAAACAUAUGAAGUGCCAUUUCGAUGCAACGCAUUCAAAAACGGAUAGGCCAUAUUUACGGUUGGGCGUAACAACACCACUUACGCUUAUUUUGGUGUCUCUUAGUUAUUCUGUUUGCCUACCACAUCCAUUUUUGUAACUCAAUAUAAUUCAGUAUAUUACAGGCCUACUUAUAGAAAAAUGUAUGUACCCGUAAGUAGGGACUGAUAAACAGGCGUCCCAAGAAAUUUAAUUAGGAAAAUGGAAUUCUUUGAGAAAUUGUAAAUUUUCCGUGCAACUUAUACUGACUGGUUCCGCAGCUCUUCUUCAAACUACGGGUGUGUACAAAAAUUGACUUCUGAACUGAAUCUAACAAAGGGUUCCAUGGUUGGUUAAAAUGUGUGCCAAUGCAUGUUAAUUACAAUAUUCACCUACUUGAGAUUGGCUGAGCCAGUUUAUAGUUGUGCUAACCAAUUUCGGAUGUGGCUUCUAGAUCGGCAUGCCGGUUGAUUAAUGCCUCAUUUGAGUGCAUUGUUUCCAGGAAUACGCGGCCUUUCCUUAUUGAGCAGGCGCCAAUAAUAUUAGUUUUCUCCAAUCCAAAUUUUGCCCAGUGUCCGAUGUGUGCAUGGCCAUCUGGGAUGGAUGGUCGCAUCUCUUCACUGCUUACUGAUGUUCAUGCAUUCGAUUUAAACGAAUUGCGCAGUCUAGCUACAAUAGACGCCAUCACACAUGGGACGUUGGAUUUCGUAGACAAAACCCUUUUUCGAGGAAGCCAACACUAUCCUUAGGGUGUACAAGCUGUGCGCGUAAGGUAGUUGUCCACUGGUAUGCUACGGGUAUCUGGUGUUUUUUAGUUCUUUUUGAUUAGUUCAGAAACAUUUUCCACAUAUGCAUGAGUUGGCCAGGUGGUUAGUUUUAGUGCCCCAGUGGCCGUAGUAUUGGGAAUGCCUUUUAGCUUGAACUACUGGUACCUCUUGAAUUGACUUAUAAUGUCAUGCAAGUACCCAUUUUGGGAGAACAGUUUACAGAGGUAUUUUAUUUCUGUUAGAUGCCAUGUUUCGUCACAGCAGUGUGUUUUGGCUCGUUCUAGAAGCUUGUUGAUUGUACUCCGUUUUUGAAAGACAGGGUGGUUACUCUCAAAAUGUUGGAUGACCUAUGACUAUGCCUCUUUGCAGUAAACUGAUGUGCGAAGUGAUCCAUCAGUUUUUAGACGUAUGAGGACAUCCAGUAAUGGGAGUUGUCCAUCAACCUCUGUUUUGACUGUAGACUUGCUUACUGGAAAUACACAGGUAACACUGCUAUAGGGCAGAUUCAGUGCACAUGAACACCAGCUCGAGGUGAAGAUAUGCGAACAUCUAUCCCAGAUGGCCAAUCACACACUGGACACUGGGUAAAAGGUGGAUUGGAGAACAUUGGCAUUGUUGGCGCCUGCCCAACAAGUAAGGGACGCAAAUUAAAAGAAGAUAAAUGAAGCAAUGCCUAUGCUUUGGUAUUCCUAGGCAGUUAAUGCCUAUUUUUUGAGUCCUUCUUAAAAGUAAUUCUUUAUUGCCGGGUAUAAUUUCCCCAGUCUUGUUAGACAAUCUGGUAAAGUAGCCGUAUUUUGUGAAUCGCCUUCUUAGCGACACCGUGCCAAACCAUCCCUUUCUAGUUUUGCAAUAAACCAACAGUAGGUAAUAGAAGUGAAAAUGCGAUUCCCAGGUGGCAUAUAAAAAGAAUAUGAGGCAGUCACGGCGCUGGACAAUCGGGACCGUCAGUCAUCUCCGCGGCCGAUGGGGGUGAUUCAGGUCACGGUGACAUACGGGUUGAAUGCAGCCACACAGGCGGCACUGGCGGGUCACGCAUUGAACAAAGCUCACCAUAAAAGGGGAGCUGUGCGCAGGACUAUCCAAUCUCUGAAGAUAGGUGGACGAAACAACUACUCGAAACGUCGGACCUCUGAUAAACCCCUUUCUGUGAACGCCUCUUCUUCUUUUAACUAACAGUAGUAUUUGCUAUUCUGUGCGCUUUUCUGUACGUUAGAAACUUUUCUAUCCUUGUACUGCAACCGAAAACCUAUCUAGUAACCUGUAAUGCCCCAAAGAACAUGCGCUAAAGGACGUAAGCUCGUGGCCUCAGGCCGUCUCUGAGUGCUGAAAUCGUGGCCGGAGACACAGCAGGUGCCAGUGUGUGUUCGCUGCCUUCUCAGGCUAUGGUUAAAUAAAAAUUUCCAUUAGUCCAUAUAGGACCUCUUGAGUACAAAGCUACGCCUCUGCUAGUUCUGACAGAACAGCACCCGACGAAAUACUUGAUCAGUUGAUAUAUGCUGAUAUAAGCAACAGACCUGAAAACGUUUUGCGGUAAUAAGCUCCGAAACUGAGGAGAGAAUGAAACGCAAGCAUAAGUUUAUACUGCGAAAUAUUCCGAUUCAUCUAAUUGCUAUAGAGGGAGCGCAUUUGUUUCUGAAUAAUUGUGGCUUGAGUUUCAGUAUCGCUAGAGCUAAACGACUGCGUUCGCUCAGCCGUAAUUCGCCAGUACUAGUUACCCUUUUUUUCCUUGAGAGAAGUCGACUUCAUGGUGUCGAGGAAGGAGGUAAUUGAAGGAUUCUGCGUAAACGGUGUUGGUCAGUUUCGCCGAACAUCACAUCAAUGCAGCGAAGACUAGACAAAUGGAAAAUGUCGGAAACCAACACCGACAUUAUGACACCUAUGGUCGAUUUAAAUAGGUCAUUUCCUUCAUCAUCUGCGGCCUCUCCACGUCAGACGUAGUUAAUCCCUUAUGGAAUUCGGUUACUCUUGAUGCUGAGAGUCCGAUCGAUAAAAGACUUAGGUCUCAGCUAUACAAAUACACUUGACUCAUCUCCACACAUCCAACAAAUAUAAUCGAAGGCCACUCGUCUAUAUGGAUUCAUAUGUAAAAAUUUCACCUUAAAUGCAAUAAGAAUACGGCUUUUCAAAAUGUAAUAAUACUAAUAAGUUUUAUUCAAGACCAGUGGGGGUCCUAUCAUAGCAAGUAAGAAUAACUUUUACAUUAAUUUUAGAAUUUUAGACGAGGUAUGCAGAAUUAUUCGAGUACUUAAUUCAUAGUUUUCGAAUAAGUAGCAUGUUACGAAGAAUGUUGAGCGAGCGUUUUACCCCUCCUAGAUUAUUGCUCAGUUUUCUUCGGCAUAAUGACCUCAGACGGCCGAAAGAAACUAGAUGGCAUUCAGAGACGUUUUACUAAACCUUUGUGCAGAAGUGAUGGCACCCGGGGUUCAUAUCCAGAACUAUAUUAUAAAUACGGCCUUCGACCCCUCUGGAUCAGAAGACUCCAAAAUGGUCUAAACUUCCUAUUCACGGUCACCCAUGACCAACAUAUUCUCAAAAUACAUUUACUAAUAAACCAAAACGCCCCGAGAAACUCCAGAACUAACGAAGAUAUUAUAAACAUCCCAAAUUCACAAAGUCCCAACGGUCAGAUUUCUACUCCAUAAGAUAUGCCACUAUCUCGAAUGCUCUUCUUAGUUUUAUUCGGAAACAGUCGAAACCUGAUCGAGUUUAAAAUAAAAACUAAGAAAUAUCUUUCAAAUAACAAUACACAUUUAAUUUGAAUAAGAUAGGACAUUUUCAGUUCAAUUCUUUGAUGUAGAAUUUGGUCCACAAGGGCUCUGAUGAUACUAGCCGCUUGAAUAAUACCGGAACAUUACACUAUAAACGAACAAAUUUAUGAAAGACAACAGCAUUGAUAAACAUAGAACGGAUAGUGAUAUUCUUUCUUUCCUCCCUUUCUCGUUUCAAUCAGCUAUGUCGCCUGACAUUAAAUAUCCCCUAAGCCGCUAAUAAUAACAUCCUUUCGAUAAAACCCUGCGUAUUAGUUGUUCGUAAGCCUAUAUUAACGCCAUAUUAAACAUGUAUACAACUUUACUAGAUCAUAAUAAACAGUCGACCACUACUCAUAUAAUGUCACAUUCACAAUAACAAUAUGAUACAUGAUUCAAUAUUAUUUUGACAGCUUUGAUUGUGACUUACCAUUGAAUGUUUCCUACUCCUGAUAUAUAUUUAUCUUUUCCAGCUCUUAGUCCAAGCAACUAUGGCAAGCCUCCUGCAAAACGCAAACGAACUGUGCGAUAGCCCCUUAGCUACUGGCCAGUUGUGACAGAGUAUUUCAUCGACACGGGAAUGCGCGAUCCAUCAGGGCUCCCCCAGGCGACUCCCAAUAUUUUACCAGAAGGAACUAGAUGCCCUUAUCAAUGAUAUGCUAAGCCGUAAUAUCAUAAGGCCUUCUCAGUCGCCCUGGUCAUCGCCCGUUGUACUUGUAAAAAAGAAGGACGGCUCAGUGUGAUUGUGCAUUGACUAAAGGAAGCUCAACGCUGUGUUUAAGAAAGACUCCUCCCCUCUUCCACGGAUAGAUACUACCUUAGAUGCCCUCGCCGGCAACAUUAUGUUUUUGACGCUUGAUUUAGCUUCCGGUUACCAGCAAGUCGAAGUGCGUCCCUCUGAUGGGGAAAAGAGUGCAUUCGCGGUCCCCUCUGGUCUCUACGAUUUCGAGACGAUGCCCUUCUGCCAAGCCAACGGCUCCAGCGCUUUUCAGAGGUUGAUGAAUCAGGUCCUUGCACAGCUAAUACCAACCUCGUGUUCAAUCUACAUGGACUAUAUCACUGUCUUUAAAAAGGACCUUGAUGGCCAGUUUAAGAAUAUCAGGGCUGUGUUUAACAGUCUCCAACAGGCAGGUUUGACCCUGAAACAAUCGAAAUGUGUUUUCGCAAAGCCCCGCGUGAAGUUCUUAGGUCAUGUAGUCUCGGCCGCAGGGAUAGAGACUGACGACGAAAAUGUCACACAAAUCCGUGAGUGACCUACUCCCAGAGACGUGACGGAGGUCCGCAGCUUUCUAGGCCUCGCUUCCUAUUACAGGCGAUUUAUUAAGGACUACGCCCAAAUCGCCCGGGCCGCUCCCCAAAAGAAAGCAGAAAAACAUCAAGUUUAAGUGGACUGCUGACUGCACAACUAGCUUCCAGACGCUAAAGGGCAAACUAUGCUCCACUCCAAUCCUAGUUCUUCCUGAUAUUAGUAAUGAUGCGGGGAAGUUCAUCCUGGAUACCGAUGUCAGCGACACCGCAAUCGACUCGGUUCUCCCUCAACAACAAUCAGACGGUGCAGAGCGCGUUAUCCAGUAUUUAAGUAGAUCGUUGACGAAAGCAGAACCAAGAUAUUGCGUGACUCGAAAGGAGAUGCUAGCCCUUACACACUUUGUGGAAGAAUGCCGGCCAUACCUCCAGUACCGGCCGUUCAUCGUACGUACUGACCAUAGUGCUCUGACUUGGUUACGAAAUUUUAAGAACGCCGAGGGGCAAGUCGCGAGGUGGCAAGAAAAGUUAGCGGAAAACGACUUUGAGUGCGUGUUCCGACCCGGUCGCCAGCAUGGUAACGUCGAUGCACUCUCAAGGAGACCGCAUCGUCCCCACGGGGAGUGUCCGUCAUGCACGGACAUCACUAUCUCCGAUAUCCCAUUGCAAAGCCAUCAAUGUCUACUCUGGGCCGCGGCCCAUCGAGAUGACCCGCAUAUCUGUCCCAUCUAUAAUAGGAAAGUUUGCAACUCCAGGCCUCUCAGUAAGUCUGAACUAGCGGAUCAUAGUUACGAGGCGCGAUGCCUGCACAGCCUCUGGGACGAAUUGUUUAUUGAGAACGGCAUUCUCGUCUACCGCGACAAUGAGCAAUGUCCAAAACGAGUCGUCCUACCGCUUUCGAUUGUGGAUGACGUGGUUGAAGUGAUACAUGCAGAACUAGGGCAUCCCCACAUCCACAAGACCGAGUGGGCCUUUCGUCGACGCUAUUAUUGGCUGAAUCAGAAGAACGACAUACGGAACGUUGUCCGGUCAUGUGAGCACUGUCUAGGCUUCAAGUCCCCCGGCCACUCCUUCCGAUAUCCCAUCCAACCAACCAAGACAGGCUAUCCAAUUGAGAGGGUAGCGAUGGAUCUAGUUGGCCCGAUCGCACCAUCCGCGAGGGGAAACAGAUUCAUUCUCGUCAUGGUGGACUGUUUCACCAAGAUGGCUGAGGCAGUGCCUCCACCAGAUGCGUCUGCCCCUACAGUAGCCCGGGACAUCUUUAACGGGUGGAUCUGA